AUGACUCGUUCAGCAUCUCGCUCUUCCUCGCGGACCAAGCCUGAGCCCUCAGUACACGAACAGCAUGUCAAUAUAGAUGAUGCGGAAGCACCAUUCCCUCAGCCAGCGCGCAGAGGUCUACAUCGUGGCCUGUCUGCACGUCAAGUGCAAAUGAUCGCAAUUGGCGGUACCAUUGGAACGGGGCUUUUUCUCGGAACCGGAAAAUCCCUUGCCCAAGGUGGCCCUGCGAGCAUGCUGAUUUGCUAUGGUAUAGUGGGAUUCAUCGUAUAUGUGACGCUGUUGCUCCUAGGGGAGAUGGCCACACAGUAUCCGGUAGCCGGGUCGUUUAACGCCUAUGCAAUACGCUUUUUUUCGCCAUCUUAUGGUUUCGCGUUGUCGUGGAACUAUUGGUUCAAUGAUGCAGUGUCUGUUGCCUCUGAUCUUACUGCUGCCCAGCUGGUGUUACAAUUCUGGACGCCGGCAUAUCCUUGGCUGGUUAGCCUGCUCUUUUGGGUGUUCCUUGUAUCACUCAACUCCUUCCACGUCAAAGCUUACGGAGAAUUGGAGUAUUGGCUUUCAUUCCUGAAGGUCGUCACCAUCGUGAUCUUCAUUAUUCUUGGCAUCCUUGUCAAUGUCGGCGUCAAUCAGUCGCAUACCUACAUUGGAGCACACAAUUGGCACAUUCCUGGCGCUCCGUUCGUUGGUGGCUUCGGUGGUUUCGCCAAUGUUUUCGUGACAGCUAGUUUCGCAUACGGUGGAACAGAAAGUCUAGGUAUCACCGCAGGAGAGACGGAGAACCCUUCGAAAAACAUGCCAAAGGUUGUUAAGUUCGUAUUUUGGAGAAUUCUGUUGUUUUAUAUCCUGAGCAUCCUGCUCAUCGGUCUGAAUGUGCCAUGGGAUUACCCGAAUCUGUCGAAUAAGACAACCACUACAUCCCCUUUUACGAUUGUAUUUACUCUAGCUGGUUCAAAUGUAGCCGGUUCAUUUAUGAAUACCGUCAUUCUUACCUCUGUAUUAUCUGCCGGUAACCACGCUCUUUUCGCGGGGACAAGAGUUCUGUAUGGUCUAUCUGUUGUUAGCCCCACCCCCCACGCACCUCGUAUAUUUUCUCGAACCACUCGGGCAGGUGUUCCCCUGUACGCACUGCUUGCGACCAGUAGCAUUAGCGUGCUAUGUUUAGGCAGCAGUUUUAUUGGCAGUGGCCAAUUGUGGGGAUGGUUACAAAACAUUGUUGGGGUCUCAAACCAGAUUGCCUGGUUAUCAAUUGGAUUGGCUAGUUGGAGGUUCAGGAAAGCCUGGAUCAGACAAGGUCGAUCUUUAGACGAAAUGAAAUUCCGAGCAUCGUGGACCUGGCCAUGGGGUCCUUACUUUGUUGUACUCCAGGGAUGGUCCUCUAUAUUCCCCACAUUCUCGGCAGUAAAUUUUGUCUCCUUUUACAUCGAGAUACCCGUCAUGAUUGUCAUGGGCCUCGGCUGGGUCCUUUUCAAGAACGCCGUCAUAGACUCUACACCAGCUUCAGGUAACGCCGAUCCCCCUAGUGAGACGACCUCUCUGAUACGCCGUGACACUGGAACCCGAGAAGUUCGUUACAAGUGGAAGUCUGACAUUGUGGACAUUGAUACGGUCGAUCUCUAUACUGAUGAGUAUACGGACGAACCAUUAGAUGAAGUGAAGGAUAAACCAAGGGGAAAGAGGUUCAGCUUUUUUUGGAGGUUGUAUGAUAUGGUGGCUUAG